AGCUCUCCAUGGUUUUUAUCGACGUGUCUGCAACCGCGUCUGCCGCUGAUAACGCAGUGGACGCGUGUUUGCGGUAUCCCCUGUUCUCUCGGUUUAACAUCUACAAGUACAAUAGAAAGAAUACAAAAAGAAGGCCAUACUUUGUAGCAACACGGUACGUGUCAGGAGAGCACGGCGACUGUUAUCUUAGCUUCCUGUUCUCGGCGGUCGCAGACCGCGAGGCAAACUAACGACAACGCCAUUCAAUUUUCUCUUUUUUAUUUUUUUCGUUGGUCGCGCUUUUUACAGAACGACUCCACCUCCAGACUCCGGGCUGGGCCAGCUUGGUCGAAAACCCGCUGUGUUCUCUAAAAUUAGAGCUCUCUGGCAUUCCGUUCCCAGCUUCUUCCGCCAAAGAUUGUGACACCGCGGCACUAAUGGACAGGGAGUGUUAUUAAAUACAGCUCUUUGUUCGCCGAAGCGACAUAAGUUUCCCGUUUUACCCAAACAAUAUUCUUCGAAUUGGAUUUGGAUAAUUAACAAAAUCCCACCCCAAGACUGUUUCAGUUACCGCAGUUAUUAAAAUGGUACACGGCUGGUAGUCGUCUGCUUUUUGCGCAGGACGUCAAAACGACGCCGAGCUCUUGUUGGCUGAUUGAAACAAAUAGUGGGUAGACGUCAAGCCAUCUAGCCUUGAGGACUACCCACUAUCCUUUCAAUCAAAGCUAAUCAGAGCUCGGCGCCGUACUGACGUCACCGCAACUCUGCAUCGGAGGAACUAGGGGAACCGCACAGCGAGCAUAUCAUGAAAACGAAAGUAGAAAAUCUGAACCGAAUGCGUGGAUCAUCCUUGAGCUAUCUUCAAUUACCCUUCAGCACAGUGACCAGUACGAAUGAAUGUGGGAUAAAAAUUUAUAAAGCGUAACACAAGAUAAGAAACUACAACAAUAACACAAAGUUUUGCUCGACUCCGCAAGUCUCAACGCGCCGACUACGGAGGAUUUCCCUGCCUUCGUCCACGAACAGUGAAAGAAAAUGUCUGCCCCCACUGUUCCGGCAUGAAUGUCGGCGAACGUCGACUGGCGAUAUGAGUUCAUAACCGUAGGACCUUAAUCCUGCAACUUCAAUCGUGAGAAGCCUCAUAAACGGGCACGGAAAGCUAACAUGUUGAUUCUACGAUGUUUUUUCGGCGCGGCCAAUCUCGGCCGACUCAUCCCCGUGCGCCGAUUCACGAAGGGGUCGUCCAGACUCUUCGACCUCGACAUCGAAUUCUACUGCAACCCGCAGAACCGGCACGUCAUCGAGGAAAACUUGAACCGCCGCGGCUACGAGGCGGACCUGGACCAACUCAGCAAACUCUGGGAUGAACUCAAGGUGAAGCCAGAGUCCAACGAGCGACUGCGGCUCGAUCUCUUGCGCGCCGUCGCUCGCCUGCCGAACGCUACCCACCCCGACGUCUUGGCGAACGCGACCGGCAACCCGGUAACGGUCGAAACGGUCGGCGAGAAACCGGCUUUCGACUUCGUGCCGAGACGUUUUGAAGUGCUCAUGAACAAAAUGGGCCUCUUCCAAGCGGACCCCAACUAUAACGUCCUGUGCGGUGAGCGUACCUACUUCCUCCGCGGAGACCUGGCGCAUCUUGAACAAGCUCUGGUUCACUACACGUUCGAUCGGUUGCUGGGUUUGGGCUUCACACCGGUCACCGUGCCGGACGUGCUGCACCCGGACGACCUGGAGGCUUGCGGCAUGGCUACGACGGGGCAGCGGAGCCAGGUUUACCGUCUCAAGACCCACUGGGGCACGGAGGCCUGCUUGUCCGGCACGUCGGAGAUGUCGCUGGCGAACCUCUACCGCGACCAGUGCCUCACUUCGACCGACCUGCCGAUAAAGAUGGUGUCCGUGAGCCGCUGCUACAGGGCCGAGAUCUCGUCGGUUAAGUCUGAGAAGGGCCUGUUCCGUGUCCACGCCUUCAACAAGGUCGAGAUGUUUGGCAUUGCUCCGCCGGGACAGAGCGAUGCCCUCCUCGAGGAGUUUGCCCAGAUCCAGUGCGACCUGUUCACAAGCCUCGGACUGCACUUCAUGGUUCUUGACAUGCCCCCGAGCGACCUGGGCCAGCCCGCCUACCGCAAGUUUGACAUUGAGGCCUGGAUGCCGGGCCACCGAGCCUACGGGGAGAUCUCGAGCGCCUCCGACUGCACAGACUACCAGAGCAGACGACUGGGCAUCACGUGCCGCGAGUCGCUGGGGGAGACCCCCAGGCAUGUGUCUACGGCCAACGGUACAGCGUGCGCUGUUCCAAGAAUGCUUAUUGCCCUGGUGGAGAGCAAUCAGCAGAAGGACAACUCCGUGCUCAUCCCGGAAGUGCUUCAAAGUUACAUGGGCGGCCGAAGCGUCAUGGAGGCGUCCGCCCUGGACAGAACAAUGCGGUGGUUGCCCUUUUACUUUAUGGAGAACCAAUAGUUUGCAGCACCGAGACUAUUCACCCAGUGGAAUCGGCGCGUUAAAGAGUCGAGGCAUGCGUCACGGGUGUGACAUAUAGUGAUUACCUCAGAACCACUGACAUCCCAGGUCAAAAUCCUAGAAUGUCGGUGGUUCAAGGGGUUCCAACCGGUGUAAGAGGAAUAGUCAGUGUAAGGAGAAGGGUAACUCUUUUUCCUGUUUGCGAAGAUUCUCUAAAGCUAGAGAGAUUGGGAAGUCUGCCUCUGUGUGAGCUUCCUAUGCUUGUGGUUGACUCUUUGUUAUGGCAAUGCCACAAAAAAGAGAGAUGGGUGAUGCAUUUAUAGCCUAAAAGGAGGCUUCAGUUGCAUAAAUCCUGACAUGACGCAAGCAUUUUCCAGAAUCGCACGAACUCGUCCAUACUUUCUUGUGCACUACUGUGGAAACCUGUCCCAAAGUACUCACUUGGUGAUUGCAAGCUGGGAGAAAGGAGGGAACAACAAAAUAGCACACUUGUGUACUUAAGGCACUGUUGGGAUGCUUUUUGCACACUUUGCCAGGAGCUAAACAUGUUGCAGACAAAGAUGCUUGUGUGUUUUUGCAUGUCUUGUUGUUUGUAACAUUAUUGUUCAGUCCAUUAUGGUAAGAACUGUUGAACCGAGAAAGAAAGCCAAGGUGCACAUUUCCAGUGGAAGAAGCACAGAGUGGAUUUUGAAAAGAUUGAUAUUGAGAAUAAAAUACCUACACCAA